AUGCCUCCACCUCGCAGCGCUUUGCCCGUUGUAUUGUUCGGCUAUGACUCUUCAGCAUUUACGCAGAAGGCAAGAAUGUCGCUCAGACUGAAGCAGAUCCCGUACACAUUCGUGAUCGUGCCGUCGAUGAUGCCACGGCCCAUAUUGAAGGACAACUUCAACAUUACGUACCGCAAGAUUCCGGUGGUCAUGAUUGGCAAAGAGACGUACAUCGACACGUCCUGUAUCUGCGAGGCUCUGGAGCAAAGAUUCCCACUUUCGCAAGGCUACGGUACGCUCUACCCUCCAGUAUCUGGAGGUGGCCCUCAAAGAUCACUGAUCCGCGCGCUGGCAAGCUACUGGGUCGAUCGACCUCUGUUCCGGAUGACGUGCGGCAUCAUGCCCGCGUCGAUCUGGCGUAGCCCGUUCGGCAUCGACAGAGCGGGGCUCAUCGGGCACAAGCUCGACCCAGACAAGCUGGAACGCAAGGUGCCGCAGAACAUGAGUGGCCUCGACAUGCAUCUCAGCCUGCUGGAGUCUCUGCUGGCAGAAUCGGGCGGCAAGCAGGCUUGGGUGCUCGACACACCCCAGCCCAGUUUAGCUGAUAUCUCGUUCUAUUACCAGCUGCACUGGGGGCGAAACAUCGCUUCAGGCUACGGCGCCGAGAAUCUUACUGCGGGAGGCGUUGAGGAAGGCGGCGAAGAGGGCGCGGAUAUAGUGCUCAACUCGGAUCGCUAUCCUUUGGUGGAAGCCUGGUACUCUCGCACCCAGAAGUAUUUCGGUGAUCUUCCGUUGCGUGAAACUCGCGUUGAGCAGGGAGAUAGCGAGGGACUCGCCAAGAUCACUUCAACCAUCGAGCAAACUCGUCUCGAUCCGGAGAUACCCUUACUGACUACGGCGGCUCCACCGCACAGAGAGCUCGACGCUCGUAACGGACUAUCACCAGGUGUUCGUGUCAGUAUUGCACCAGAUGAUACUGGGAUGAACGACCCUUCAUUCGGCACAUUGCUUGCAACCUCGCCCGAAGAAAUCGUCAUUGCACCGGAGGAUAUCGAGUCGAGGCGGGUGGACUUGAGGCUGCACUUUCCUCGUAUUGGAUUCAGAGUGCGACCUUUGACUAAGGCGGCACUGUAA